AAUAAAAUAAAUAGAAAAAAAAUGUCUGCAAAUUACUAUUUUGUUAUUGUGGGCAAUGCUGAUAAUCCAUUGUAUGAAAUUGAAUUUUCAAAUUCCAACAAAGAUACAAAGAAAGAGGAUCAUGCACAUUUAAAUCAAUUUAUUGCUCAUGCAGCAUUGGAUUUAGUUGAUGAACAUAAAUGGAAAACAACAAAUAUGCAUUUAAAAAUGAUUGAUAAAUUUAAUCAAUGGUUUGUAACAGCAUUUGUGACAGCAACACAAAUACGUUUUAUCAUGGUACAUGAUACUAAAAAUGAUGAUGGAAUUAAAAAUUUUUUCAAUGAAAUGUAUGAGACUUAUAUCAAGUACUCUAUGAAUCCAUUUUACAGAAUAAAUACACCAAUAAAUUCAGUUGGGUUUGUUAAAAAAGCUCAGCUUUAUGGAAAAAAAUAUUUAACGUCAUAAAUUAAAUAUAUUUUAUAAUAUGUAAAUAAUUAUUAUUAUCUUUGUUUAUUUAUAAAAAUUAAUUUAAGUAAUAAAUGAUUUAAAAAAUAAAAUAAUAAUUUAUAAAUAUUCUGCAAAUAUAUUCACUCGAAAUGAAUUUAAUAAAUUUAAAAAAUUAUUUUUCUUUAUGAAGUUUAAACAUUAUCAUGAUCUACUUUUGAAUUUUUAAAAGAUAACAUUAAUACAUACGAUAAAAAUUAGUUUAAUUAACAUAUAUUAAAAACAGAAAAAAAAAAAAAAUUUAAUCUAAAUAUGUUUUAAAAUUUAAAUAAUCAGGGUUAAAGAUAAAUUUUAUUUUUCUUGAAUAUUUUAAAUAUAAUAUUAAUGAUUAUUUAUAACAAUUUAUUUAAUGAUAUAAUAAUAUUAUUUUUAAUAAUUAAAAUAUAUACAUACA